AUGUCGGAGCUGGAGCAGCUGCAGCAGCGUGACAUCCCGGCAGGCCGGCAGGUCCUGCGCGACCACCACUGCAACCUCCUCAGGGUCGCCGACUACUGCGAGAGCAACUACCUGCAGGCAGGCGACAAGCGGAAGGCGCUGGAGGAGACGAUGGCGCUGAGCACGCAGUCCCUGGCCAGCGUGACGUACCAGGUCAGCAGCUUGGCCACCGCAUUCCUCCGGCUGCUGGACCUGCAGGCGGCCGAGCUGCGGAAGGUGGAAGCCGACGUCGGCUGCGUGGCCCAGAGGGUUGACAUGCACAAGGAGAAGGUGUCUCGCCGGGAGAUUGGCUUGUUGACCGUCAGCAAGAGGUUCCCGUCCUACCAGAAGAUCAUGUCCCCCCCCAGCCCGCCCUGCCUGGAGCCCUACUACAGGAAACCCCUCAACUUCAGCGUCCUGGAUGACAUCGGCCAUGGCAUAAAGGACCUCAGCACCCAGCUGUCCCGCACGGGCACCCUGUCUCGGAAGGGGAUCAAGUCAGCGGCACAGGCUGCGGGCACCCUGGGGAGAAGCACCCGCGUCCCUGAGCCCAUCCAGCCACCCGUGGUUCCCGAGGGCAAGCUCUCCGCUGCCUCCUCCACCUCCUCGCUGAUAUCUGUCAGCUCGAGCGGAGCCCCGGCAGCCCCUGGUGAAGGCAUCCCCGCGCCACCACCGCUCCCCUCCCUGCCGGGGCCACCGCCGCCACCUGCGGAUGCCAUCCCGCCACCACCACCUCUGCCCGGGGACCUGUCCCCACCACCGCUGGGGGACCUGGCGGUGGCCCCGCUGGACCUCAUGCCCCCAGCUCCUGAUAACCUCGAGCCGCCGCUGCCACCAGCUUUGCCCGACUUUGAGGAUUUGGCUCCACCACCGCCGCCACCGCCUGCCGCAGAGGACCCCCCCUGGGUCCCGGAGAGCUACCUGGAGAAAGUGGUGGCCCUCUACCCCUACACGCGGCAGAAGGACAACGAGCUCUCCUUCCAGCCCGGUGCCCUCCUCUUCGUCACGCGGCGGUACUCGGACGGCUGGUGCGAGGGUGUCACAGGCGAGGAAGCAGGUUUCUUCCCCGGCAAUUACGUGGAGCCCUUCUGA